AUGGCUCUCCAUGUGACCAUAACCACACGUGACUUUGUGAAACCAGCAGAGCAGGCACCAUCAACCAUACUAGACCUAUCAGUCAUCAAUAGAUUACCGGUUCUAAGGUGCAAUGCUCGAACCUUGCAUGUAUUCAGACAUGGCCCUGAAGCGUCCACCGUCAUUAAAGAUGCCUUGUCCAAAGCUUUAGUUCCGUACUACCCUCUUGUAGGAAGGCUCUCUCAGCCUUCACAUGGUCCCCUUCGCAUUGAAUGCUCAGGCGAAAGAGUGUGGUUCAUUAAGGCAUCGGCCCCUUGUACCCUUGCUUCUGUCAAUUACUUCGAUGACGUUCAAUCUAUCCCGUAUAAUGAUCUUUUUCAUCCUAUCCCUGACACUGAGAUUGAAGGCAUCGACCCCCUCAUCAAAAUACAGGUGACACAAUUUGGUUGCGGGGGAUUUGUGAUAGGCCUAAUAUUCUGCCAUAGCGUAUGUGAUGGCCUUGAAAAACCAAGCAUAACUCUAGUAUGGCACAAGGACUUCUUUCCACUUACACCUAACGAAGAAAUUGUGGCUGCAUUGCCAAAAAUGCCAUCUGGUCCACCACCAAUUCUACAGUAUAGGCUAGAACAUGAUAAUUUAGACAUACCCACAGAUCACGUUCACCGACUUAAGUGAGAGUUUCAGGAAGUAACUGGAGAGAAUUAUUCUGCCUUUGAGGUUGUAGUCGCAGGGCUUUGGAUCAGUCGAACUAGAGCUAUAAACUUGGAUCCAAAGACCCUUGUGAAAUUAAUCUUCUUUGCCAAUUGCCGUCAGCUCUUGAAGCCACCUCUGCCUCAAGGCUUCUAUGGGAAUUGCUUCUUCCCUGUGACAAUUACUAUUCCAUUUGAGUCGCUUACAUGGACAUCGAUUAUCGGAGCAAUUAAGAUGAUUUAAGAAGCCAAGGCUAGGCUUCCUGUGGAGUUUGGUAAAUACUUGAAGAGUGAGCAUUUGAAAGACGGGGAAGACCCAUUUGCUCCUCCACUGACAUACACAACUCUAUUCAUAUUAGAGUGGGGAUGGCUGGGAUUCAACUAGGUGGACUACCAGUGGGGGCCACCAAUCCAUGUGGUUCCCUUACAAGGCUCCAGUGUCAUACCAGUUGGCAUUAUAGGGUCCCUGCCCCUGCCAAGGAAAGGGAUUUGGUUGAUAACUUGGUGCGUGGAGGAGGUGCAUCGUGGUCCCUUCCUUGAUCACGUGGCCUAA